GUCCAAGGGAGAGAGAGAGAGAGAGAGGAGAGGGAGCAAUAAGACGCUAGCAGAUGACGCAACAAAACAGUCUGUCAGCUGAUGAAUGCUCCUCACUAACCAGCCCAGCCUUCCUUGAGCCCCACGAUGUAACACACGUGAUGGGGGGCACGAUAAGGGCGUCAUGAUGCUAACUGACCAUUACGUGUACAUAUGACAUCCCUCAGCUGGAGAGGAGGGUAAAGCCAGCCUGCCAGAAAUAGACUUGGCCGCGUCCCCCUGCGUGUCAAUGGCUCCCUGCUCCGCUCGCGACCCCGGCAAGGGAUAAACGACCGUCCGUGGGAUUGACUCUGGCCAAGCAGGAUGCCAGCUGCCUCCUCCUCGGGUUUCAAGAGAGGCCGACCUGCCUCCCAGAGUGUGAGGGGCGGGAAGCAGCCCAUAGAGAAGGGGCGAUGGGCGGCCAAGGGCACAAAGCCUCUACCUGAACAGGCGUCUGUGAAAUACGUGUUAUCGCUUAUCGUGGUUCACGUGUGUCGUAAGGUGCUGUUUAUCCCCACCGAAGUGAAAGUGAUGCUCUACUCCCUGGGCCUCUUCUUCGGCUCUCUCGUUUGCGACUUCCUGCCCCUGCCCAACGUCUACAUGGGGCAGCGGGACAAUGUGUUCAAUGUGUACUAUGUCAAGGUGGCAUGGGCAUGGCUGCUGCUGGUGGUGGGGUCCUUCAUCCUCCUGACCAGUGCCACCAUUGGCUGCGGCCACCGGGAGAUCAUCAAGAGAAACAUGUCACGUCUGCUGGUGGGGACCUUCAUGUGGUACUUCUGGAGCCAGUGCUUCUUCGGGUACGUGGAGAACCGCACUGGAUCCUGCCUGGGCAAAGCCAUCAUUAGGAAUAAGAUUGAUUGCAACACAGCAGGCUUCCAUUGGCACUCCUUCGAUAUCUCAGGUCAUGCCUUCCUGCUAGUGUACAUCAACUUGUUCAUCCUGGAGGAGGCCAAGACCAUAGAUGGGUGGGAGGGAAUCCGAGACCAGAUCCGCAUGGAGGACCACCAUCGAGGAGAGGUCCAGAAUCCCGGGGAGACCAAGACUCCGCUGGACAGCCUUACCCCAUAUGACAUGGCCAUACUCAAGAUGAAUUAUGAGCAGUUCACUCCAUACAUCCGCUGCAUCUUCUGUGUGAUGACCAUGAUGAGUGUGCUGAGUGAUGUCAUGCUUGUGUGCACCAUCAUCUUCUUCCACACCAUGCCGCAGAAGGUGGCUGGGGGCGCGAUAGCCAUUGCCAUCUGGUUCCUUACGUACAGAGUAUGGUUCAAGAGAGAUGCAUCUCCUGGGCUGCCUGGUUGUGGCCUCUUCCAUUACCAGAACAUGAAGGAGAGGACCAAAGAGGUUCCCCUUAGAAGACGUUCCUCAAUAUGUAAGGAUCAUCGAGACAACCUGCCAAUGUUCAUGGGGAUGCCUUUGUAUGGUCUGAAGAAGGAAAAGGAAGAUAAGAAGAGGGAAGAGAAGAAGAAGGACUAUGAGAGAGAGGAGGAGAGGUCCAGCAUGGAGGACUAUGGGGAGGGAGUGGAGGGGCGGGUACCCUCCUGGACUGGUCCACACGGGGACUCCGCCUCCAGUCGGUCUUGGAGGAGGUAGGAUUACCUCACCUUGUGUUCUUAUGUGUGUCCCUUUAGGUUUGUGUAAUUGAUUAAUUUUUGUGUUGUUUGUUCUGGCAUCUGUAGUGAUUGAUUUUGGAUGUUUUCGUUCUGUAUGACAUCCAUCCCUGUGCUCGUAGAUUAUUUAUUUUGGCCUUAAUAAACUUGAGGCAGUGAGGUAAACAUUAAUGAAUCUCAGUAAUGCAUAAAUCAUCUCAUUUAGUGAUAAUGCUGAAUACAGACUCCUGAACUCUGUAGAAUUCAGCCCCUUCACUAUCGGAAACUAUCUGUUUCUUUCUACCACCUGAGGUCACAGAGCCUUGGAGGUGGGUCCUGUGCCUGUCAUGAGCUGGGUGACAGUUGGCCAUGUGAAUGUCACUGUUUUCAGAUUCAAACGGCUCACAAAUGGACAAUAGUUAUAGCGACAGGUUAUCUGUUUUGUCUCUGCCUUCCCUUUCCUUAUGCAUUUACAUAUAAGACAUCAAGUUAUUGCUAAUAGUUUUUAUGAAUGGAGAGAAUGGCUGGUCAAUCUGAAUUCUUUUACUUGUGUACACAUUCUUUUGUACUAUGAGUCAAUGAGAAAAAAACUGUCAGUGCACAUGCCAGCAACCCAGUGUGGUUGUACCUUGUCCAGGUACUGCAGGAUUGACUCCAAACUCAUCUCCUGAUAAUUCAACAAGUCAUGUUGUAAGGUUUGCUGGAAGGAUUUUUGAUGGCCACCUAACAAGAAAACUUUUCUUUUUUUCUCUUUUGUGGUGGUUGUGUGGCUAUAUUGAAAGUGCUGUAGCAUUUACUAUCAUUAUUAUUAUUUAAAGGGAGAUACAUGUACAUCCUAUCAGGAAUGAGGUCUGAGAUUUUUAUUGAUGAUACAUUAUGGCCUGGAUGCUGAAAAGCUUCAUUCAUCAACUCAGUCUCAUGCUUCAAGAGGCUAAUUCUUUAUGCAUAUCAGCCAAGAUUUAUGAAUUCCUAUAACAGUCAAGUUCAACCUCACACGUGCUACUGAAAUCACAAAUCACAUGCAUAAAUAUUUGGAUAAUAUAGUAUGCUAAGAAAUCCUUUGAAAUACUCCAUACUUUUCUCUCUUUUUCUAAUCAACAGUCUGCAACAAUUUAAACCAGCACAAUAAGAUGUACAAAAUGUUACUCUUACAUUACGUCAACAGUCAGUCAAGGCCAAUUCUCAUUCAUCUGCAUCACGCAUAAUGCACAAAUCUAGUCGGCCACAAAGUGUUGUACUUUUUCUAAGGUUUGAUGUAAGUUUCUCUUAACUAGCAAGUAUCUUAGGGUUAUCCUGCUGGUCAUAACUUUGGCUCAGCAGGCAAAGACCCAGCAUUGUGAUAUGGUGAGUCCAUGUGAUAUCCUUCUUUCCCAGUGGGUUUGGGUUUGUGGUGCAGUCAUGGUCACUUGUAGAAUAACAUACUCUACUCACCAAGAGUAUUUAGUAUUUUCCUAAAUCUCAAAUUCUUUGAUUGCUGAAAAUCUACAUAUUGUCAGGUUUUGUAAAGAGAUGGACAGCAGACCAGAGGACUUGAGAUUAAAGGAAAAUGUAAAACACUGGAAGUGAGUGCAGGAGGUUACUCAACCUCUGAUCUCUGUUAAAAGAAAAUUCACUUAAGCUAUGUUUAUGAGCAAUCUUAGCAGCUGUAGUUCAUGUGUUUGUACUCUGGAGGAUGAAGGAUGUCUUAGGGACUUCCACCACUACAUAAGCUAGUCUGAUGCAGUAUUUUCAGCUUUCUCCUUGGUGGGGAACAAAGGCUCUGGAUUGUUGGGGUUGAUCAUAGUGACUUGUGCUUUUUGCAUACUUUCUCACAAGUCAGUUUGUGUAGUUUGUCUCUAGGGAGAGUACACUUGAAAGGUACACAGAUGUAUUUGACUUUGUUUCUCAUUUUCACAAGUAUUUUUCUAAUGCUUGUCACUCAUCCUGGGGGUUUAGCAGUUGGAUGAUAACUACAGAAGUGAAUUUGAAUGUUCUGUGCCAUUAAAUACAUUUAAAUAUCUCUCC